AUGGAUGAAUCAAAAAUUAUAAUGCUUUUGACAAGACCAUUUGAAAUUGGACCACAACAUUUAAAUGAUAUCCGAUUGAAAAAUGUUACAAAACUCCAAUUGGGAGAUUGCUUUUUUCGUUCAGUUGAAUUUUCUAAUAAAUCAACACAUCGAGAUAAGUUACGCGCAAAAGUAUUUGCUCAUCUUAUUUCAACGUGUGUUCAACUUAAAUAUCUUCUUGUUGACAAUUUUAAAUGGCUUUUACAUGUUACUCGAUAUGCAUCUCGUAAUCUGCGAAACAAUGCAUUAAGUAAUGUUCAAUAUGUUGAAUUUGGCAUCCCAAGUUGUAAUCGUGGUCCAAAAAAAUCAAUUCAUUUGGGCAAACGUCUUUUACCUUUUCUUGUUACUAAUAUGCCUUAUUUACAAACAUUACGUCUUUGGAGACCAGAUGACUUUCCUUGGACAACAAUUCGACCAGAUUUUUUAAAAUCUGGAUACUUUCAUUCGAUUGGAGAACGACGAUGGAUACAAUCUUUACAAACACCCCAAUCCAUCAAUGAACAUGUAGCAAUUUUCCAAGAAGAUCUUUCUCAAUUAUUUGAACAACUAAAACAAAUUGUUUUUCUUGAUAUUUAUGGAAAAAUUCCUCGAGAGAAAGUUGAACCAUAUCGCUUGAUGCUUCAAUCCUGCUUUCCAAAUAGUCAAUUCGAUAUUCAAAUAUCAAGAUUUCGUCUUUGGAUUUAA